CAGCCACGUGCAGCUCGACCCUCGCUGCUCCUCCGCCACGCCCGUCUCGUCUUUCAUUUCUUCUCGCUAUCGAUCACCAAUGCCUGCGACGACCUGACUCCGACAACUUCUGGCGCAAGGGAGAGGUCAACUACGAAGCCCUGACCCACUUCGAGGGCGAUCCAAGCUCGGCAGAGGUCGACGCCAUGCCUGCUGGCCCGCGCAAGAAGCACAACGACAAGGUUUCACCAUUUCAACACCUGCCUAUCCAGCGCCGCCCAUUCUCCUACACCUUCAUCCACAACGGCAAGGACUACACACAUCUCGUCAAGUUCGAAGGGCGACCCCACACCUGCUACGGUCGACGCGUCGCAGCUCACUUCCGCCUCUGCUCUGCUGCCUGACACGGCGGGUCAGCGAAUGAGCGGGGCUGGUUUGGAUGUCAGCCGCUAGCCAGCCAGCAGUCGAGAUGCUCAGUCAAACCAGUCGAGGCGCCCAUCCCCCUUCUUGCGUUCUUGUCCUCUCGUCCUUCCCAAUCGGUCCCGCCUACACCAUGGCUCGCAUUCCCUUCACAUACACUUUUAUUUACAAAGGCAAGGACUACACGCACCUUGUCCGCUUCGAAGGAGACCCUACGCCUGCCGCGGUCGAUGCGAUGCCCGCUGAUGAGCGGAAGAAAAUGAAGGACAAGUACUGGCAGCGAGUCAAAGCUGCCAAAAAGGACAUCGAGGCCGAGGAGGCCGAAGAGCGGGUGGCCAAGCGCGCCCACAAAGAGGCCAACGCCAUCGAGGGCCACCUCCCUCGCCCGAAGGCGCCGAAGGAGGACGCGGAGGCCAAGAGGGCUCGUCUUGCGGCCGUCGAGGCUAGCCUGCCUCCUGGUCUCUCCGCUCGUGCUGUCAAGCAGGCCAAAGAUGACAGCACCAAGGCCCGCCGGGAGGAGGCGCUGGGGGAGGAAGGGCGCAGGCAGCUUGGGGAGAGCAAGGCUGUCUUUCAGCAGCUCUUCCACAAUGACUCGCGCGACGGACGUCCUGAAAGGCGAAUUGACAACAAUCGCCGAUCCCUCGAGCGUAAGGGGCGGGAGGGCCGCGCUGCGCAGCGCCACGGGCGAGACGAAAGGGAAGGCUAUUCACGCGAUAACAGGAGUUGCUCGGAUCGUACUGCCAUCUGCUCGAAGCUACCAUAUGCGUAGCCCCUCGGCAUGGCGAUUGAUCGCCUUAUCUUACGAGCACUCAUCGCAAUCGCAUAGCUGACCGGCGAUACGACCAAUAGCUUGUGGGCGUAUCACUUUGCACAACUCUCGCCUGAUCCUCGAAAUCGCGAAUGAUGUGCAGAAGA